UAACGCUAAACCAUUCGUUCCGCUAUGGCCAACGAGGCGGUUGUUAGCAGAUAAGCGACCAUAUCUGUUAAAAGAAAGAAUAUGUUUAAUGAAUGUGAAUUAGAUUAUCAAAGCUGUAUAAACCAGAAAAGAACUACACUAUCUAUUUCCCGGGGACUGCAUUUUAAUUCGUGUCACCUUGGAGACUGCAGUUUGCUCGUGGCUAACGGCGAAACUCACCAACCGAUAAUAACGUGCCGCCAGGUAGGAGAUAGGUGAAGGUUACCCACUAACCUAUGUACCGAGAUCUUUCCGUAGCAGUGUUCUCUUGUCGUGUCGGCUGUUUAAAAUGGGAGUAGUUUUGAGGAACCUCCAGAAGGUGGUGCCUCUUCGGCGCGCCAGGCUGCGCAGGGACGUGGACACGCUGAGACACAUACUAGGCAUCCAGAAGUUCGACCUGGGUAUCAUCUGCGUGGACAACCAGAAGAUGCAGCAGAUCAAUCACAUCUACAGGAAGAAGAACACCCCCACGGAUGUCCUGUCUUUCCCAUUCUACGAGGACCUGAGGCCCGGGAAGUUGCCCUGCCCCCUUCACAGAGACGAGCUGAACCUUGGAGAUAUCUUCCUUGGGGUGGAGUUUGUGAUGAAGCAGUGUCAGGAGGAAUCCCUGGAUCUGCACGGAGCACUGACUGUUGUCACUGCGCACGGGAUCUGCCACCUGCUGGGCUACAGGCAUGAGACAGAGGAAGAAUGGACUGAGAUGCAGCAGAGAGAAAACUACAUCUUGAGCGAGUACAGCAGACUCACAGGCCGACACCUAGACCCCCUGAUGAAGAGGUGCAGUCAGGACAGUAUUUUACACUGUGUGCCAGCUGGAUAUACCUCUGCGUUUCUCUUCAGGUUCUCGGCUUCUGCUUCAGUGUACUCCAUGUCCAGCACAUCCUCGUUGCCAGAGUCAUCAUCCGAGCACAGCAGAUCGGGCAGGGAGUUGUUAAACUCUGUUGAAUGAGGAGAUGAUGACGCCGGUGCAGUAUUUUCACAUUGCUCAGAGUCUGAUUAAAGAACGCUUUAAACAUU